AUGGGCAGCCUCCCCCAUGCUCUCAAGCCGGAUCUUGAUAUGGAGUCGUUCUUCGACUUCAACCAGGGCACUUCUCUCAACUCUCCUCAGCUCUCGGGCCCUACCCCUCGCCCUUCGAUCGAUGCUUCAGCCUACUACAGUGCCCCCUCGCCUUUCGAGGCAGACGACGCCCACAUGUUUACCGGCCCAAGCCAUGAAUACGAUCGCUUCAAGCAGCAGACCGGCCUCCCGGUUGGUUCAGUCGCCAGUCUCUCUGCCAUGAACCCGCCCGUCUCUGACACUUUCACCCCCAGCCAUGCCUUUGGCGGCUUCAACUCGGGCAUUGACGACAUGGCCUUCGACCACGGUUUCAAUGGCUCCUGGUCUUCUGGCAUCGACGUCGACGCCGAUAUGGGCAUGGACUUCAACGUCACCCAGACCAUUCCUGCCAUCUACUUCCCCCAGCCCGGCCCUUCCCAGACACGUUCCGCCGAAUUCGUCGACCCAACCUCCAUUAGAGACAACGACGCUUCUCCCAGCAAUGUCGGCAGAGUGUGGCCCGGCAUGCACCAGCAACAGGCACAGCAGGCAGCCAUGGCCAAAGCUCAGGUCCAGGCUCAGGUUCAGCAGCAAAGAAUGCAAUUCGAGGCUCAGCAACAACAGCAAAGACGCCUUGCACAACAGCAACAGCAGCAAGCACAACACCAGCAGCAACAGCAAGCCGAAGUCAAGCCCAACAGAAGCCGCGCUUCUUCUUACCAGUCUGAUCCCCACACCGAGGAGAGCAUCGCACGCCUUCUCAACCAGAUGCGCCAAGGCAGUGCUGGACCUUCUGGCAAGGACGACUCUGCUAACGGCAUGCUUCCUCAUGUUGCCCGCAUGCGCAAGGAAGAGGAAGACAUGGACGAGGAUGAACGUCUCCUGAACAGCGAAGAGGGCAAGAAGCUCAGCAGCAAAGAGAGACGCCAGCUUCGCAACAAAGUCUCUGCCCGUGCCUUCCGCUCUCGCAGAAAGGAGUACAUUUCGCAGCUCGAAGGCGAAGUUGCCAUGAAAGCACAGGAGGCCAACGACCUUAGAGUGGAGAACCGCAGCCUCCAAGAAGAGAAUGGACGCUGUCGCCGUCUCAUCGAGGUUCUGUUGCGUCACCCUGCAUAUUCGUCUUUCAUCGAAGACAUCAGCAAGGACCCCAGCAUUGCCGGUCCUGUAGGACAAGGCCAACAGGGUGCUGCCGGCUCGGUGCCUUCGCAGCGUGAGGCACCCCUUGACAUGUCUCUGCUGAACUUGAACAAUGGUCUUCAGGUGCCCAACAACUUCCAGUAG